AUGGCUUGGAAAAGAAACUAUUUUGAAUACUAAUGUUGUCGACGAUUUUGUAAAUACGAUCAUUUACAAAGAAAAGAAUGGGACUGGAUGUAAUCACAAAAAAGAACAAUAUCCUAUGACUAGUAAGUAGAUAAUAACUUAUGCCAAUGAUAUUAGGAUGGAGCCUAUGGAUUUGAGUUUUAAAUCCAUCAUAAAAGUUUUGGAAACAAAAUUAUACAUAUUUUUUGUUUCAUUUAUUACAAUUUAUAGAUUUGGGUUCAGAAUUUUUAAUACAUUACAACCCUUUAAUUUUUGCAAAUUAAUUGUUUAACUCUAAUAUUGUUUUUCGCCAGUUCCAGUUUCAUUUCUAUGAAAUUAUAUCUACAUAAUGUGUAUACUAGUUAUGGUUUACCUAUAUAAUUUCUUCUAGUAGUAAAUUCUUACGAAAUAAAGAUACGCGAUAAUGGACAAUCCAUACUCGAUUAAAUUCAUAUUUGUAAACCCAACUUUCUGUAAAUGUUGGAGCGUAUUAGCAUUUACAGAAAGUUGAGAAUACGUAUAAACAAUGGUUAAAUUCGAUUGGCAGGUUAUUUCUUAACAACAAAAUAACUUAAAACAUUAAUAAUUUAGAAAUAUUCUAUUUUGAUAGUAUUUAGUUUAAACAAUAAGUAUAUUUAUUUUUUCUAAAUUUUCUAAAUAUGUUAGAGAAAACUCAUAUUAACGGUCACAUUUUAUUUAACGUUAAACUGCAUUAAUUAAUUUCUUAUGUUCACUUAAAAAUACGUUUAUGUUUGUGUUUGAGUGUUUAAUCUCUUAUAAAUAUGAGACAGAAUUUCAUUCUAAAAUACCAGAUACAAACAUUUUAAUAUAUUAUAUUAAUAACAUUUGCCACUUAUUUCUAAAACAUUGGCACAAUGGCUCACACUUCUUCCCGAACUACUAUCGUAUUCAUUGUUGUUGCUUUGAUUUGUGCGUUCGUUCCUGCAUUCUCUGUUGAAGAAGCUGAAGCAAAAUCACUAUGGGAUACUUGUCUUCUUAAAAUCAGUCCAAAAUGUGCGUUGGAUAUAAUUGUUGUUGUCUUUGAAAAUUUAACCAUCACUGAUGCAUGUUGUCAUGAUCUUGUACAAGAAAGAAAAAUGUGUCACGAUACUCUUAUCAAAUAUAUUGCUGAGAAGCCGCAUUUAGUUGCCCACGAAAAAGAGUAUUUGAAGAAAAGUGAUGAUUUGUGGACUCAUUGUGUCUCAGUUUCGCAAACUGCUUAAAAAUAUGUUAUGCUUGUAUUGAUCUACAAAAUUUUUAUUUAACUAUCGUUAAAUGUUAUUUGAUCAAAAAUCGUGGAUCAAACAGUAUGCAAUAUAAAGAGACCAUCAAGUGAAUCUCAUUCUAAAUGAAUCAAUACAUAUAUUAACUCAAUUGAAAAAUAAUGUGCUAACCAUACAAGAUUGUUAAACUAAUAACAAGACAUAUAUGAAUAAUUUCAAACAAUAUUGCUUAAUUACUUUGACUUAACUUAUCUUUAAUUUUAAAAAUUAAUUUUCCUCUACAAUUUAAAUCAUUAUUUUUACAUACACAGAAAAUUAUCUUGUGUAAUUUAAAACAACCUAAGAAAAUAUCCAAUGUUUCACCAUUGAGACCUUUGAGUUUUCUAGGACAUGCUAAUAUAAUGUUUUGGAAAAAAAAAUUUUAAUACUCAUGUUGUCGACGAUUUUGUAAAUACGAUCAUUUACAAAGAAAACAAUGAGACUGGAUGUAAUCACAAAAAUGAACAAUAUCCUAUGACUAGUAAGUAGAUAAUAACUUAUGUCAAUGAUAUUAGGAUGGAGCGUAUGGAUUUGAGUUUUAAAUCCAUCAUAAAAGUUUUGGAAACAAAAUUGUGCACAUUUUUUGUUUCAUUUACAACAAUAUGUAGAUUUGGCUUCAAAAAUUUUAAUAGAUUACAACCCUUUAAUUUUUGCAAAUUAAUUGUUUAACUCAAAUAUUUUUUUUUCGCCAGUUCCAGUUUCAUUUCUAUGAAAUUAUAUCUACAUAAUGUGUAUACUAGUUAUGGUUUAGCUAUAUAAUUUCUUCUAGUGGUAAAUUCUUACAAAAUAAAGAUACGCGAUAUUGGACAAUCCAUACUCGAUUAAAUUCACAAGCAUAACAUGUUUGUAAGCAGUUUGCGAAAUUGAGACACAAUGAGUCCACAAAUCAUCACUUUUCUUCAAAUACUCUGUUUCGUGGGCAACUAAAUGCGGCUUCUCAGCAAUAUAUUUGAUAAGAGUAUCGUGACACAUUUUUCCUUCUUGAACAAGAUCAUGACAACAUGCAUCAGUGAUGGUUUAAUUUUCAAAGACAACACCAAUUAUAUCCAACGCACAUUUUGGACUGAUUUUAACAAGACAUGUAUCCCAUAGUGAUUUUGCUUCAGCUUCUUCAACAAAGAAUGCAGGAACGAACGCACAAAUCAAAGCAACAACAAUGAAUACUAUUGUAGUUUGGGAAGAAGUUUGAGCCAUUGUGCCAAUGUUAUCGAAAUAAGUGGCAAAUGUUAUUAAUAUAAUAUAUUAAAAUGUUUGUAUCUGGUAUUUUAAAAUGAAAUUUUGUCUCAUAUUUAUAAAGGGUUAAACACUCAAACACAAAUGUAUUUUCAAGUGAACAUAACAAAUUAAUUAAUGCAGUUUAACAUUAAAUAAAAUGUGAUCGUUAAUAUGAGUUUUCUGUAACAUAUUUAGAAAAUUUAGAAAAAGAAAUAUACUUAUUGUUUAAACUAAAAUACUAUUAAAAUAGCAUAUUUCUAAACUAUUAAUGUUUUAAGUUAUUUUGUUGUUAAGAAAUAACCUGCCAAUCGAAUUUAACCAUUGUUUUUACGUAUUCUCAACUUUCUGUAAAUGCUAAUAGGCUCCAUCAUUUUACAGAAAUUUGGGUUUAAAAUGUGAAUUUAAUCGAGUACGGAUUGUCAUAUAUCGCGUAUCUUUAUUUUGUAAGAGUUUACUACUAGAAUAAAUUAUAUAGCUAACCAUAACUAGUAUACACAUUACAUAGAUAUAAUUUCAUAGAAAUGAAACUGGAACUGGCGAAAAAAACACUAAUUGAGUUAAACAAUCAAUAUGCAAAAAUUAAAGGGUUGUAAUCUAUUAAAAAACUUGAAGCCAAAUCUACAAAUUGUAAUAAAUGAAAAAAAAAUGUGCAAAAUUUCGUUUCCAAAUUUUUUGUGAUGGAUCUAAAACUCAAAUCCAUACGCUCCAUCCUAAUAUCAUUGGCAUAAGUUAUUAUCUACUUACUAGUCAUAGGAAAUUGUUCUUUUGCGUGAUUAGAUCCAGUCUCAUUGUUUUCUUUGUAACUCAUCGUAUUUACAAAAUCGUCUACAAAAUGAGUAUUCGAAAUAGUUUUUUUUUCCAAGCCAUUAUAUUAGCCUGUACUACUAAACUCAAAGGUUUCAAAGGUGACACAUUAGAUAUUUUCUGAGCUUCUUGUUUUAAAUUAUCCAACAUAAUUUUCAGUUUAUGUUAAAAUAAUGAUUGACAUCGUAGUUGAAAAUUAAUUUAUAAAAUAAAAGAUAAGUUAAAUCAAACUAAUUAAGAAAUAUUGUUUGAAAUUAUUCAUAUAUGUCUUGUUAUUAUUGUAUGGUUAGCGCAUUGUUUGUUAAUUGAGUUAAUAUUUGUAUUGAUUCAUUUAGAAUGAGAUUCACUUGAUGGUCGCUUUAUAUUGCACACAGUUUGAUCCACAAUUUUUGAUCAAAUAAAUUUAACGAUAGUUAAAUAAAAAUUCUGUUAAUCAGAUCAAUACAAGCAUAACAUAUUUUUAAGCAGUUUGCAAAAUUGAGACACAAUGAGUCCACAAAUCAUCACUUUUCUUCAAAUACUCUGUUUCGUGGGCAACUAAAUGCGGCUUCUCAGCAAUAUAUUUGAUAAGAGUAUCGUGACACAUUUUUCCUUCUUGAACAAGAUCAUGACAACAGGCAUCAGUGAUGGUUAAAUUUUCAAAGACAACACCAAUUAUAUCCAACGCACAUUUUGGACUGAUUUUAAGAAGACAUGUAUCUCAUAGUAAUUUUGCUUCAGCUUCUUCAACAGAGAAUGCAGGAACGAACGCACAAAUCAAAGCAACAAUAACGAAUACGAUUGUAGUUUGGGAAGAAGUGUGAGCCAUUGUGCCAAUGUUUUCGAAAUAAGUGGCAAAUGUUAUUAAUAUAAUAUAUUAAAAUGUUUGUAUCUGGUAUUUUAGAAUGAAAUUUUUGUCUCAUAUUUAUAAUAGAUUAAACACUCAAACCCAAACUAAACGUAUUUUCAAGUGAACAUAAGAAAUUAAUUAAUGCAGUUUAACGUUAAAUAAAAUGUGACUGUUAAUAUGAGUUUUCUCUAACAUAUUUAGAAAAUUUAGAAAAAAUAAAUAUACUUAUUUGUUUAAACUACAUACUAUCAAAAUAGCAUAAUUCUAAAUUAUUAAUGUUUUAAGUUAUGUUGUUGUUAUGAAAUAACCUGCCAAUUGAAUUUAACCGUUGUUUAUACGUAUUCUCAACUUUCUGUAAAUGCUAAUAGGGUCGAUCAUUUUACAGAAAUUUGGGUUUAAAAAUGUGAAUUUAUUCGAGUAUGGAUUGUCCUAUAUCACAUAUCCUUAUUUUGUAAGAAUUUACUACUAAACAAAUUCUAUAGCUGAACCAAAAAUAAUUUAUAGAUUAAAUAGAUAUAAUUUCAUAGAAAUGAAAUUGGAACUAA